UGCGUAUCGCACUUUAGGUUCUACUACUACGAUUUACAGAGGAGAGCUACGAAUUCCAAAUGUGAUUGUUUGUAUAAUUUUAGUUCGUUUACACGACAAACACGAGUACGCCACGUGUUUUUGAUACAAUCAUAAAGAGACGUACCCUCUUGCGUUGCUCUAAACUUUAAACAGAAUCAGUUAGGUUCAGCGCACCGUUUCGAUUGCAGAUGACUACGUUUCAAGCAAAAUUUACGUAUGACUAGUAUUUAUUAACUAAAAUCUCUCGCUAGAUUAAAACACUUCAUGCAGAUAUAUGCGUAUCAAAAGUGUCUGUAAUGUACGACAUUUGAACAAGUUACAACAUUACACUUGGCAUAUAAACAUGAGUUUUAAUUAAAUUGUUGAGACGCAAAUAUAUGUUCAUUAGUGAAUAUCUUUGAAAUCGCGAACAAAGUCGAAAACAACAAGUGUGGAUACAACUUUGUAUUUUGUGUUACACAUUAAUCACACUAUGAAGACGUAUCGUUUCUUUAUAGUUUUUCUGAUAGCUUUAACAUACGCGCUUGUUACGCUCGGCAAUCCGGUGACAAACAGUCAUUAUACAUUAUGCGCCACUAAUGAAUGUAUAAACGCAGCUUCGGAGAUUUUAGCCAAAUCUAAUCAUUCGGUUGAUCCGUGUGACAAUUUCUACAAAUUUGCUUGUGGUAGAUGGUUACAAAAGAACCAACCAAAUAAAUUAUUUCCACAAAUUAACUUUAUAUCACUUCUUAAAAGAAAAGCAAAGUAUCAAAUUCGAGAAAUCUUAGAAGCACCGAUUAAGCCAAGCGAUACUACGUCUUUGAUAAAAGCAAAAGUUAUAUUCGCGCAGUGCAAGUAUAAAGAAAAGAGUGAAACUUUCGGUAUGAGUAACUUGAACGCCAUUGUAAAUAGCUACGGCGGAUGGCCAAUAAUUAUGUCUCGUCACGAAUGGAAUGAAAGAAAUUUGACUUGGCAAAAUGUUAGCACUAUUUUGCACAGAAAUAAGCUUGACAACGGCUUGUAUACUAUAGAAAUUUUUAAAAAUGUUCUAAUGUCCAACAGUAACGUUAUCUAUAUUUUGGAACCUAAACUUUCUUAUUCUCGAGACGUAAUGAUUCAUUUAAACAACACUGAGGAGUCGAAAAAAAACUAUAUAUCCAACAUCGUAAACGUUGCGAGUAAUCUUAUAGAAACAAUUGGCAGAACAGUAAAAAUGAAUAAACUUACUCAAGAUGCACUUGAAAUUUUGUACUUUGAGAUGGAACUGGCUAACUUGACAAUUAUUUUAAACACAACAAACAAUAAUGAUUUAUUCAUUCCGCUAACAAUCCAACAAUUGCAAGAAAAGUACGACAAGCAACAUCCCGGAAUAAAAGGGAAGAUUGACUGGCACUCAGCCAUUCAAGAAUUGUUUGCAUCAGAAAGAAUCCCAAUUGAACAAACUGAAAACCUCAUCGUCCCAGCGUAUACAUAUCUUAGCAAUUUGGUAUCGGUAUUAGAGCGAACACCGUCACACACUAUUGUUAAUUUCAUGAUAUGGAGUUUAAUCAAAAAGUUGUCUGAUUACAUCAAACCACAGAGAGCAAGUGCUCGCAUUAUACUAAGUGCAGACGAUAAACAACUGAAAAAAAACAAAUCAAAGUGGAAGAAAUGCAUUAACACGCGCAACUUAGAUUCUGCUAUUUCGCAUGAAUAUGUCAAGAAAUACAUAUCGCUCGAAACCGUACAAGACAUCACAGAAAUAAGUACAGAUAUUAUAAACGUUGUUCGGCAACAAAUAAGAAACAUCACAUGGAUGGAUGAGCCUACAAAAAAAAUGGCUCUCGAAAAACUUGAAUAUAUGAAGCAAGAAUUUUUUAAGCCCGAUUGGAACAGUGACGAAGCUAUUGACAGAUAUUACAAAGACUUGAACGUCGAUACGAACUAUCUGGACAACAUUAUAAAUAUAAUGAAAUUCGAGAAAAAGAAAUUGAUAAACUCGCUGAGGACACCCAUAGACAACAAAAAAUGGUUCAGUGAACCGACAACACCGCACGGAUACUACAAUAUCUUUUUCAAUAGCAUCGUUUUCACUGCUGCCUUGUUACAAAGUCCUACAUAUGACCGAAAUCGUAUUCCAUUAAUGAAUUACGGAACGCUAGGUGUUGGUAUUGGACAUAAUAUCAAUCUCGCCUUUGAUAAAGACAAUUUUAACGUGGACAAAAAUGGCAACAUUGUGCAAACGUGGACACAAAAUUCUAUCGAUAUACAUAACAAUUUAUCGCAAUGUUACAUUGACCAAUACAAUAAGUAUCUGGUUCCGGGACUGGAACAGGAAAAUGUUUAUGUGAACGGACAACGGACGAUGGACGAGAACACGGUUGAUGCUACUGCAAUUGUUGCUGCAUUUUACGCGUACAAGAACAGAAAAGCAAGAUUAAAUGAAACAGAGUUGCGGCUGCAAGGAUUGGAACAGUAUAGCGAAGAUCAGCUUUUUUUCUUGAUUGUUGCUCAAUUUUUCUGCGCAAGUGCUCUGCCAGAAAAGAUAAAGAGUGUUCCUGACGAUAUUUCUGUAAACGAAAUAAGAAUUCGCGGCAGUUUUUCAAAUUCUCGUGAAUUCUCCGAGAGUUAUAAUUGCCCUGUGGGAACUCCAAUGAAUCCGGAGAAAAAAUGUGCUUUUUGGUUCUAAACUGAUGAGACGUAAAUGCCACAUGCUUACAAAUUUGGGAGCGCGAUAUUUCUUCUGUAGCAAACAUUUUUAGUGUAUGAAAUAUUUACAAUCAUUAUAUCUUUAGAUAUGCAUACUGAAUUCUGUGAAACAUUAGCAAUUACGGCACACUAACGAUUUUCUUGGAUUAAAAAAAAUGUACAGUUUCAAACACAUAAUUUUUGCUUGCAGUAUGAGUUUUAAUUAAUUGUAAGUGCAUAUACUGAUUAGAUUAUUCACGAUCUAUCAAAAACAAAAAGAAAAAAAUAAUUUAAAAACUGGUAGUUUUAUUGAUAGAUUAUGACAAAAAGACUAGUUGAAAUUUUUUUCAGAUGUCAGUAUGAUAUCUACGCAUACAAAACAUACGUGAAUAUUUAUAUGAAAAGAUUUCUAUGUAAUAUACAUAUAUGCUUGUGAAGUAAAACAUAUGCAAUAACAUA